GUUUGUUGAAAUGACGACGACAACAACAACUACCAUCCAAAUCGCUUCUUCUACUUUACCUUUUCCUCAAGUUUUCACGUCAAGUAUUGCAACUUUCAGUAGUCGUGCACCGUUAUCAUUAUCUCGGAGGAUGACCUCCACCUCCGCUCCUUUGAGAUUUCGAAGGAUGAUCACGAAAGCCAGAUUUCAUUCGAAUGACGCAAAACCUCUCCCAGGGCUACCUAUCGAUCUCAGAGGAAAGAGAGCAUUCAUUGCUGGUAUAGCUGAUGAUGAUGGAUAUGGUUGGGGGAUAGCCAAAUCUCUGGCUGUUGCUGGUGCUGACAUCCUUGUUGGCACAUGGGUUCCGGCACUUAAUAUAUUCGAGACCAAUAUUCGGAGGGGGAAAUUUGACGAAUCACGCAUGUUGCCAGACGGGUCUUUGAUGAAUAUUAGCAAAGUAUAUCCCUUAGAUGCACUUUAUGAUACUCCUGAAGAUGUUCCUCAAGAUGUGAAAUCAGACAGGCGUUAUGCAGGGUCAUCAAAGUGGACCAUUAAGGAAGUGGCUGAAUCAGUAAAAGAGGACUUUGGGAGCAUUGACAUCCUUGUGCAUUCAAUAGCCAAUGCACCUGAGAUUAGCAAACCGCUCCUAGAAACAUCAAGAUACGGGUAUCUUGCCAGCGUCUCUUCGUCAAGCUAUUCGUUUGUAUCUUUGCUCAAGCAUUUUGUCCCGUUGAUGAAUCCGGGUGGUGCUACAAUUUCUCUGACUGCCUUUGCUUCUGAAAGGGUCCUGCCUGGAUAUGGUGGAGGUAUGAGUUCAGCCAAGGCUGCUUUGGAGAAUGACACAAGGGUGUUAGCAUUUGAAGCUGGAAGAAGACAUAGAAUCAGAGUUAACACCAUAUCUGCAGGACCACUAAGAAGUCGUGCUGCCAAGGCAAUUGGUAUUAUUGAUAUGUUGCUUGAUUAUUCAUUAAUGAAUGCACCGAUGCAGAAAGAAUUAUUAGCAGAGGAGGUGGGAAACGCAGCUGCUUUUUUGGCUUCACCACUGGCUUCAGCCAUCACGGGGACAGUCUUGUAUGUAGACAAUGGUCUGAAUGCAAUGGGAGUUGGAGUUGAUAGCCCUGCUUUUAAGGAUCUAACCAUCCCAACACAAGACAACAAAAGUUAGGAGCUUCAUUUAUUUUCAAAUAAAAACUGUAAUUGCCUUGUUCGAACAGCUUUUGUUUGGGAGCCUCGACUCGACUCUCGAGACCAAAAAUAAACCGUACGGUCAGCAUUGUGAGCCUGUAUGGUGUAGCAAGGAUGAAAGCUAUCAACUUUUUUCUACAAACCUGUUUGUAUCCAUUGACGUAUAUUAAUAUUAUAAACUGAUGAAAAUACGAUGAUCCUUUAUUCGAUUCGUUUGAUAUCCGGCAUGAAAAAUAGCACCUACAGGUA